GGCAGAGGGUCUUGGGGCAGGCACAGAAGAACCAUGCGGUUCAUCCUGCCUGUGGGUCUGAUUGCUACCACCCUUGCAAUUGCUCCUGUCCGCUUCGAUGGGGAGAAAGUGCUCCGCGUGAAGCUCCAGGAUGAAAAACAAGCAAACAUCAUAAAGGACUUGGCCCAAACCAACCAGCUUGACUUCUGGUAUCCAGAUGCCGCUCACCACGUAGCUGCUAAUAUGACAAUAGAUUUCCGAGUUAGUGAAAAGGAAUCCCAGUCCAUCCAGUCUUCUUUGGAUCAAAAUAAAAUGCACUAUGAAAUCUUGAUCCAUGAUCUACAAGAAGAGAUUGAAAAACAGUUUGAUGUUAAAGAAGAUAUCCCAGGCAGGCACAGCUAUGCAAAAUACAAUAACUGGGACAAGAUUGUUGCUUGGACUGAAAAAAUGGUGCAUAAGCAUCCUGAAAUGGUCUCUCGUAUUAAAAUUGGAACCACUGUUGAAGAUAAUCCACUAUAUGUUCUCAAGAUUGGGAAAAGGGAUGAAAGGAGAAAGGCUAUUUUUAUGGAUUGUGGCAUUCAUGCACGAGAAUGGAUCUCCCCAGCAUUCUGCCAGUGGUUUGUCUAUCAGGCAGCCAAAACUUAUGGUAAAAACAAAAUUAUGACCAAACUCCUGGACCGAAUGAAUUUCUAUGUUCUUCCUGUAUUCAAUGUUGAUGGAUAUAUUUGGUCAUGGACACAGAAUCGCAUGUGGAGAAAAAAUCGUUCCAAGAACCAAAACUCCAACUGCAUCGGCACUGACCUCAACAGGAACUUUAAUGCCUCAUGGAACUCUUUUCCGAACACCAAGGACCCAUGUGCAGAAACUUAUCGGGGCCCAGAACCAGAGUCCGAGAAAGAGACCAAAGCUGUCACUGACUUCAUUCGAAGCCACCUGAAAUCAAUCAAGGCCUAUAUCACCUUCCAUUCCUACUCCCAGAUGCUAUUGUUUCCCUAUGGAUAUACAUCAAAACUGCCACCUAACUACAAGGACCUGGCCAAAGUUGCAAAGAUCGGCACUGAUGUUCUAUCAACUCGGUAUGAAACCCGCUACAUCUAUGGCCCAAUAGCAUCAACUAUCUACCCGACAUCAGGUUCUUCUUUAGACUGGGCUUACAACCUGGGCAUCAAACACACAUUUGCCUUUGAGCUCCGAGAUAAAGGCAAAUUUUGUUUUCUCCUUCCAGAAUCUCAGAUAAAGCCGACCUGUAAAGAGACCUUGCUAGCUGUUAAAUUCAUUGCCAAGUAUAUCCUCAAGCAUACUUCCUAAAGAAUUGGCCUCAGUUUGGAAUAAGCCAAAUAAUGUUUCUUUAUGCCUUCUGCCAGAAAGUCAAUCUUCAAUUACACCUAGAUAUAGCUUCCACAUUACCUGAAUAGGUCCCUCUCUUGCUCACUUAAGUUCUAUGUUACUUCUUUUUGUUUUUAUUUACUCUCAAUAGCACCUUAACAAACAGCUUUAAGUGAAAGCUUUCAACAACCUUUCUUUGAUCCAAAUAAAGUUUGAAACCAUCAAAAAGUA